AUUAUCUUCAUUGGUCAUUUAUAUUAAAGUACAUUGAGAAAUGGUUACGUUAUGAGAUGGGUUCAGUUAAGCUCACAUACCAUGUAGAAAAUAAAUUGUAUUUAUGUUUAAGAGUGCUAGUACAGUGAGUGACACUGAGGUGGAAGUGCAGCCACUCUGGGAGUACCCUGGAGUCUCUCUGUCUGCCAGUCAUCAGCUGAUAAGCUUUGACCUCACUACUGUCGUUCCUCAGUCUGAAGUGGAGGUUCGGGGUACCAUCACCACCACAGUUUCAGGAACCUGUCAUGGAGUUGCCCUCUGGUUGGAUGUUCAUCUUGAUUCUCAUACAGUAGUCUCCACAGGACCUCAGUCAUCCCCCCAACCUGGUCAGGAGAGUUUCCUGGGACCCUUACUGCCGCCAAGGAGUGUACUUCUUCCUCCCACAGGUACCUGUCACUUCCCAGAGCCACUUAGGACUACAAAGCGGUCUUCAGUCCCACUACAGGCGAGAUCACUUUUAACUUUGCUAUUCAGAAAUAGCAUCCACAUUAUCCUUUUUGAAAUCCUGUUAUCCUACUGGCAGUUCUUGAUUAUAACCAAGAACAUGUUUUCAAGGCUACUGAGAAAACUUUUAAUAUAAAAAUUUGAACUGUGAGUACAAUUUACAUAAAAACAUUUAGGUGCAUCUGUCUAUCAUCAACUCCUGAAGAACGAGGGUGCUCUCUAAGAAAAUAUUUUCUCAUUGAAAAUUAAUUGUGAUUCAUAAGUGGAAAGGAUAAUAAAUAACAAGUUGUUAUAACAUAAACCA